UGGCAGCCCUUUUUUGUUGCUUCUUGUGUUCUUUAUCAAACAUUAAUCUGCUAUUAAAAGCAAAGGCUUGAGGCCGAGUACUUGGUAUCAACAUGGGCAGCGCGCUGAGGAGGAGAGGCCUUUUGUAGUGUCUAGUUAAUUUUCUUUCUUUUCUAGCUCCUAUUUCAACUGCUUUUUAGUUUUUUUUUUUCUGCCUUGGUGAUGUAAGUGAAAUUAAUGCAGCAUCUCAGUGUAGUCAUUUAUCCAGGCUAAAUGUGACCACAUGAGUGUGUUUCUGUAUAAUUAGUCAGGGGGCUCGAUAUAGGGUUUAUGUUGUGUUAGCCCUCUCUGCUGCUAGCAGUAACUUCUCCAUAGCUUGCUGCCAUAGAGCCUGCUAGUGCAAAAUGAAAGCACCCAGCUUUCAUUUUGACUCAGCAGCGUAAGUUUGGGGAGAAUGUUUUGGCUCAUGUGGCAGUGGUGCUUUUGACUCAGUACCAGGAACUCAGCAGCUUGAUUUGUUGCACCGCAACACAUAAGUGGAAGGAACUGUCACCAAUUUACUUAUAAUCUGGGGUGGAGUGAGCAGAGCUCUUCCUGGGUGAGCUAUAACACUGCUGGAGCUGUUCUUUCCAGGGUUUUGAAAUGCUCUGAGGCAACAACAAAAGGGAAUUUUCGUGAUCUGGACUCAAGCUAUUCCUGCUUGUCAAGGGUUAUGGUAAACCCGUGAUCCUGGCCAGGGCAAGGAUUUUGAACUGUGCAUUUGCUUUCUUCCACCUUUACAGAGCACCUUGAGGGAUGCCCAAGAAGUUCCAAGGUGAAAAUACCAAGUCGGCUGCUGCCCGCGCAAGAAAAGCUGAGGCAAAGGCAGCAGCCGAUGCCAAACGCCAACAGGAGCUGGAAGAUGCCUACUGGAAGGAUGAAGACAAACACGUGAUGAGGAAGGAACAAAGGAAGGAGGAAAGGGAGAAGCGGCGACUGGAGCAGCUGGAGCGCAAGAAGGAACUGCAGCGUCUGCUAGAAGAGGAAGACUCAAAGUUGAAAGGGAAGUCGCCCAAGCAGGUCACUCCGGGCAAAGUCACCAGGGCCCAGAUUGAGGAGACAAUCAGAAAAGACCAGCAGCAGAAGGAGAAUGCAGACACAGUGGAAAAGGAGAAAACUCACUUGGAGGUUCCUUUGGAAGAGAACAUCAACAGAAGGGUAUUGGAGGAAGGAACAGUGGAGGCCAGGACAAUUGAAGAUGCCAUUGCUGUCCUCAGUGUUGCCAAUGAUCUGGACCGGCACCCGGAGCGCCGGAUGAAAGCUGCCUUCACUGCUUUUGAAGAGGUCAAUCUGCCGCGCCUGAAGCAAGAGAACCCAAACAUGCGCCUGUCCCAGCUCAAGCAGCUCCUCAAGAAGGAGUGGAUGAAGUCUCCAGAAAACCCCAUGAACCAGAGGCACAAGGCUUACAACAGCCAAAAGUAGAACUAGAGCUGGUCAUCCCCCACAGACAGUGGGCUGGAGCCCCAGGGCUUUGCUCAGAUGAAAAAAAGAGGCACAAGGAGCCUCUUCUCCUUUGUUUUGCUUCCCUACCCCCAUCUUUU